AACCCCUCAUCAAAAUCAAAGAAAAACCAUGAAUCCCUUGAAACAAAUCUCCCUCAACAACAUCAAAUCCCUGAGCCUUGUCGAACCCCUCAAACUCAUCAACCUCUCCAAACCGAAACCAUCAAUAACUCAACAAGUCCGCAACUUGGGCACUAGCCGCCGCGACCCUCACAAGGUCAAGCCCCCACGCAACUUGCUGGGCAUCCACUUCGUCCCUCAAAAACGAGCCUACGUAGUGGAACGCUUCGGUAAGUUCAUACAGAUUCUUCAGCCAGGACUCAACUUCUUGAUCCCUCUCAUUGACAAAAUUGCCUAUGCUCAUUCUCUCAAAGAGCAAGCCAUUCCCAUCUCUGACCAGACCGCCACUACCGUCGAUAAUGUCCCCAUCGUCAUUGACGGCAUGCUUUACAUCAAGAUCAUCGACCCUUUCCUAGCCUCAUAUGGGAUAGAAAAUCCUAUAUUUGCUGUGACACAGCUAGCACAGACCACCAUGCGCAGCGAGCUCGGGAAGAUCACGCUUGAUAAGACCUUUGAAGAGCGUGACAGGUUGAAUAAGAACAUACUGGGGGCUAUUAACAACCAUCCUUUGAAAACUGACUGGGGCUUGGAGUGUCUUCGUUACGAGAUCAAAGAUGUUACCCCUCCUAAUGGGGUUAAGGUGGCCAUGCAGUUGCAAGCUGAGGCUGAGCGCAGAAAGCGCGCACAGAUUCUGGAAGCUGAGGGGUUAAGGGAGUCGAGUACGAAUGUGGCACAUGGGAAGAGGAGUGCGGUGAUACUGGAGUCAGAAGGGGCAAAGAUAAACCAGGUGAACAGGGCUAGGGGAGAGGCGGAGGCAAUACUUGCAGCCGCCAAUGCCACAGCAAAGGGGAUUCUUGAGGUGUCGAAGGCAAUUACGGGUAAGUGUGGGGUUGAGGCGUCGAGCUUGAGAAUUGCAGAGCAGUAUAUCGAGGCGUACAGCGAGAUUGCCAAGGAAAGUACCACCACCUUGGUUCCAAGCAAGGUUGGGGAUCCGGCAGCCAUGGUGGCUCAGGCUCUCACUAUUUACAAGAGUUUGAAUGGGAGCACUGGGUCUAAAAUAAUGACUGCAGCUCAGUAAAGAUAUGAGAAUGCAGAGGUCUGUCGACUGUAAUCGGCGCAGUUAAUUAAUCUUAUUCAGAAUGAUGCUGCAGA